UUCCAAGGGCUUGGUACAGUUCCUGCAUAUAAAAAUCUCAAUCUGCAGCACUUUGCCAUCUCCUUCAUGGUCGACGUAGAGGAAGUCUUUCGAUACUGCCAUUCGAGGUGGACAUGGUCGCACCUACAAUCUUUAGCGCUCAUAUCGCAGCUCCUACAGAACGACCAAAAGAACAGCAAGCAGAUCCAGGCCUUGCUGUGCUGGCCCAGUGUACUUGUACAGAAUACGCCCACGUUGUACACAUUUGUGCUUUAGAAUGAUUCAAAGGCACAUGCCUGUCCGUUUAUGUAUCGCAUUGGCAGAGACGAUGCCUCGGCCAUUUGGCGUGGGACGUGGCGUCUAAAAUUCGGUCCUCGCGUGGUCAAGUCAUGGCAACUUGCUGCAUCGAAGCUACGUUACCAAAACGUUCAAAUAUGGCAAGAGUAUGUUCAAGGGGACAUAGGGUCGCAUGGGG